UCAACCAAUGUUUUGUGACCUUCGUGAUACGUGUGAGUGGUGAUUCGCAAGAAGCGUUUUGCUCUCUGCAUUGCCUAGCCAAUUGAAUCCAUUCUUGUCGCGUCAAUCAUUGCGUUACUGUCAUCGAAAUCAACUCUAGCUUGUGCUCAUUCUGUUCGGCCAGUGCUUCACAUAUUCCACGACGAUUUCACAUUAGCUACAUAGCUGGAAAAGUUUACGCUUUACGCGCCGCCCUGUGUUUUACGCAUUCUCCCCACAAACUACGCAAUGAAACGGUGCUAAAAAUAUAGUGCAACUAGCGAGCAUCGAUCUUCUGUCUGACGCCAGCUGGAAGUGGUUCUAGGGGCUAGCAAGCUUACGCGUCUGCCAGAUUGUGAUAUAUUGAUCAGUAUAGUUAUAUAAACAGCACUAGUUUAGUAAGCACCUGAGCAACAAUGUCAGGAAAAAGUAUUAUGAACAAAUUUGUGAUACGAAACAUUGUCCGAAUGAUGGUCAAUUGCUCGUAUUUCUGUGUGUUUUAUCUGAUGAUUCUGAGUGCACUGGACACGGCGGGGGUUGGAGCAAACAAGCUACCAGAAGAGGACAUUUCAAUGGUGACCGAAGUGAACAAACUAGAGGACGGGAGCAGCCCCGGUCCCAACGAGAACAAAUCGGGAGGGGCUUUCUCCUCGGAUGUGGGCUUCGUGCACGCAUUCAUCGCCUCCUUCUCGGUGAUUAUUGUCUCGGAGUUGGGCGAUAAGACGUUCUUUAUCGCCGCCAUAAUGGCCAUGCGGCAUCCCCGUCUCACCGUGUUUAGCGGUGCGAUCGCUGCGUUGGCCCUGAUGACGGUGUUGUCGGCCGUCUUCGGAAUGGCUGCCACCAUUAUCCCACGUGUCUACACGUACUAUAUCUCAACAGCACUGUUCGCUCUGUUCGGUUUGAAGAUGCUCAAGGAUGGGUACUACAUGUCCGCAACGGAGGCCGCCGAGGAAUUGGAGGAGGUGCAAUCUGAUCUCAGGAAACGGGAGGAUGAGUUGAUGCGCUCGUUGAACGGUAGCCGCAGAGAAACGGUCGAGCUGGUUCCCUUGAACGAAAAUACCAGUAGCAAGGGCAUGUCAUCGCCGGAUCGAAACGGAGGUAGCACCUUGAACGGAUCGAUUCACUCCCUUGUCUCGAACAACCACGAUCUGCCACAACCACCACAUUUGACAACGAUUCGCAUGUCGGCAUCGGCAUCCCAGCUGCAAACAUCGAAUCACCAUCUCGCUAGUCAUCAUCUCAGUGAUAGUAGUAACGGUAUUAAUAGGAAUAAGCUCGCUUCAUCCAAAAGUCUCGCCGUGACGAUCGGCGAGCAGAACGAACAACGCCAACGGGCACGAUCUGGCCUGCUGGCCAAUGGGACCGCAGCUGCGGGUGCCAUCGCCAAUGGAACCGUAGCCGGGUUGACUGAUGAGAACGAUAAUACGACACCGGGGUCGACCGGUUCCCACAGCCACAGUAAACGGCUGGAAAAAGAAACCUCCGCUGCGCACAUCCAGGACACCGAAACGGGUGUGAUACGGAAGAACAAGCAGCGCAGUGCGCUCAAUCUCUUGAUGCGAAUCUUCAUGCAGGCAUUUACGAUGACCUUCCUGGCCGAGUGGGGAGAUCGAUCGCAGCUGACCACCAUUAUCCUUAGCGCUCGCGAGAAUGUUUACGGCGUUAUCACCGGUGGUGUGAUUGGGCACGCGAUCUGCACCGGUCUGGCUGUAAUUGGGGGGCGAAUGAUCGCGCAGAAGAUCUCUGUAAGGACUGUGACUCUCAUCGGCGGUGUUGUUUUCUUGUUGUUCGCCGUGAGUGCACUAUUUUUCAGCCCCGAGGAGGAUCCAGUGGAUGUGUCGCCUUAGGAAUCCGGACUGUAUAACAACACUGCGUCUAGCACUCUCUGAAAAAGGAUGUCCUCAUUUGUGUAUAUUUUUUGCAUUAGCUACAGUAAAACGUUUCAUCAAGCACAAGAGCCCACAUUGAGUCUUGUGUUUCGCUGUGUUUUGUGAAAUUUUCAUCCAUUUGAAGUUUUUUUUUUUUGAAUUUUGUACAUAUUUCAUCCACGAACCGUUUAUAAGACUUCGGACUAAGGAAAUGGUGUUUAUCAAUGACCGUCGUCAGAGACUUUUUGUAAGAUUCAACCAGGAACUGUAACCUUCCUUUAAAGCUUAUAAAAUAGAGCAAUCAAAAGAUAGAAGAAGUGUCUAUGGAGAGAUUCUUAUCUCAAUUAGCAAAA